AUGGAAAAUGUAAGCUUCUUUACUGCAAUGCAAUCUUUCUGCUUGACUGUACACAUAAGCAUGUAAUAUAGUGGCCUCAGGGCAUAGAUAUGGCAUGUUGUAACCUUCCAUUGUAUUCAUUCUGCUCCUAUAGGCAGUGGAGGAGGAGAUGGCGCCAGUCAAGAAAGAGAAGACUCACUUCACAGUAAAACUGACAGAACUGAAGGCAGCAGAGAAAGUCAAACUCAUCAAAGAAGUGAAGAACUGCAUCCAAGGCUUGAACCUGGUGCAGGUAAGAUGCUGUUUUUUUUUUCUCUGUAUGAUGUCACAGCCAGGCAAUGUAUUAUUUUGUUCUUUACAUCUAUUACUACACAUGCUCCAGUGUCCACGCUUAAAGGACACACAGUCAAAUCAGUCUGCGACGUAGGCUAGCUUUGCAUUGGGUUGGAGGCCUUUCACUCUGUGAUACUGCGCUCUUUAUGUAUGUGAUCGUCUUAAGAAGUUGGUUGACUUCUCUGUUCUCUCUAUAAUCAUCCUUCUGUUUCUUACUCUAGAAGACAUCAAGUCAUGUCCGUCUAGGAGGUCGCUUUGUGUUAAUGUUACUAUAGGUCACUGAUCCCCUCUCCUCUGUCCUCCACCAGGCUAAGAAGUUGGUGGAGUCCCUCCCCCAGGAGAUCAGAGCCAAUGUGUCUAAAGAGGAGGCGGAGAAGCUGAAGGCAGCCCUGGAGACAGCAGGAGGCACUGUGGUGUUGGAGUAG